AUGGCUCCCCUCAAGAAGCCUGGAAAUACCUCAAGGCUACCCCUGGCAUUAAACCCUCUGAAGAGCAAGGAUGUGUUGGCAGUGCUGGCUGAGAGGAACCAGGCCGUAGUACCAGUUGGGGCAUGGGUGGAACAUGCCUGGCCAGAUAGUUCAGAAAUCCCAGCAUAUACUUCAGCAUAUAUGAUUGAAGAAGAACUAAAGGAACGGCUAAGAAAAAAGCAAGAAACAUUGAAGCAUUUUCAGAGACAAGUCAAACAACGAGUAAAUCAACAUAUUAAGCUGAGAAAAAAGCAACAGCUUCAGAAGUCUUAUGAAGCAGCAGAGAAAGAAGGUUCUAUGGCCAUGCAGUCUUCAGAUCCUGCACACUUAACUCCUAAAAGGAGAACAAGUGUUUUUCCAAAAAAUUUGAAUGCUGCUAUUGGAAGUUCUUGGUUACCUUCUUCCCCAGAAGAUGGAGAGAAUCAGAAUGAAUUAUUCCAACAGCAAGCCCAGGCUCUCAGUCAAACCAUGAAACAGGUACGUCACCGGCUGGCAUCUUUUAAAACUAUGAGCAAAAAACAGGCAUCAGUGUUUCCAGAGGGUAAAAGGAAAAGUAUUCCCACCCAAGAGAAAGCACUUUCUAGGACGCCAGCAUCCAUCAGGAUAAAUACAGAAACAAAAGAAGAAUUUUCUUUGAAGGUCCAUCAAGAUUUUUCAACGACGAUACAUUAUCAGAAUGUUAUGCAAAAUGAGAAACUUGACUCUGCAGACUCUUCACCUAUUGUGACAGAUGAGAAAUGGAGAGAGAAUUUGCUUUUGGGGGACAAACAGAAUCUCCUUUCUGAAGUCAAGGAUGAGCCUAGAGUUCAGAAAGUACAAUUCAAAAAGCCAUUAAUUGAUGUGACAGAAGAGGAAGAGCUAAAUCAGUUACGUCUUCAGGAUAUUUUGCCAGAAGCCCAGGAUUAUCUUCCAGAAGCUAAAAGUGAUCUGCCAGAAACCGAGGGUAAUUUACCAGGGGUCCAGGGUGUUGAGCCAGAUACCCAGGCUCUUGAGGUGGAAGUUCAGGCUGGUGAGCCAGAAACGCAAGCUAAUGAGCCAGAAACUCAGGCUGGUGAGCUGAAGGCCCAGGCUGUUGAGACAGAAACUCAGGGUGUUUUGUUGGAAGCCCAGAACAUUGAGCUGGAACGUGGGAGUAUUGUGCUGGAAAGCCAGGAUUUUCUAUCCUCAAACCAAGAUUUCCUACCCAAAGACCAGGAUUUUUUACCCAAAGACCAGAAUUUUCUCUCCAGAGACCACGAUUUCCUACCCAGAAAUGAAGAUGUUCUACUCAUAGACAAGAGUAUUCUUUCCAAAGACCAGAAUAAUCUACCCAAAUGUCAGGACCAGGAUUUUCUACCCAAAGACCAGAAAGCAAACUUGAAACAGCCAGCAUCAAUUUUGUUAGGUAGGGGAGAGAGAGGUGUGUUUGCUCUGGAUGUCCACCAGGAUGUUCUACACAGGCAUCAAGAUCAGGCUUCCAUCAGGUACAAGAAAGUACGCUUCAAAGAGCCAUAUUCUGAUAUAACAGAUGAGAGAGGGAGAGAAGACUCUCAUCUGACAGGUUAUCAGUAUAAGCCUCCUAAACUCCAAGACCAGAACUUCAUCAGAGACCAGCAACCCUUACCUUUUCUGAGAGAGGAAGGAGUGAGACAGGAAUUGCCUCUGGAAAAUCAUCAGUAUGUUACGCCCAAAAUCCAGGAUCAAGCCUCUCCUAGAGAACAGAACAUGUUUCUCAAGCUACCACCAUCUUUUAUGGGAGAGGAAAGAGUAAGACAGGAAUUGCCUCAGGAGAAUCAUCAGUAUGUUACGGCUAAAAUCCGGGACCAAGACUCCCCUAGAGAACAGCACAGGAACUAUGGGCAGGCCUCCUGUGAUACGAUAGAUAAGAGAUUGAGAAAGGAGUUAUUUCCGGAGCGCCAUGAGUGUGUUUUACGUGAAAUUCAGGAUCCAGGCUCUGCCAGAAAGCAGAGCUUAUACUUAAGGCAGCAGUCAUCUGUUGCAACAGCUGAAAGAGAGCAAAGAGAUUUUCUUCUGGAUGAUCAUCUUCAUCUUCAGCCUAAGCACCACAAAGAGGUUUCCAGCAGAAAACAGCAGGUUUAUGAUACAUACCAAUCAGGACUAAGUACUGAAUUCCAAGCUCCAUUGAUGCUUCAGUCUGGAGUAGAUGAAGAAGAAGACAAGAGAGUGCGUCAAAAGCAGUACCUGAGAUAUAAACGACUUUUCAUGGAUAUUGAGCGAGAACAAGUGAAGGAACAACAAAGGCAAAAAGAACAUAAGAAGAAAAUUGAAAAAAUUAAGAAGAAGAAAGAGCAGGAACGUUAUGCUGAAGAACAGAGGAUCUUAAGAAUGAGCUGCCAUGAAGAACCAUAUUCAGAGGAGAUGAGUGACAUAUUAGCUCAACUACAGCUUGAAGAAAUAAAAGGAGAAAGAGAAAAACAGAAACAGAGAGAAAAAGAAUACCUAAGAUACGUAGAAGCAUUAAGAGCCCAGAUCCAGGAGAAAAUGCAGCUGUAUAAUAUUACUUUACCUGCACUGUGCUGUUGUGGUCAGGAUUUUUGGGAUGCUCAUCCUGAUACCUGUGCCAACAAUUGUAUUUUCUACAAAAACCACAGAGCAUAUAAUCGGGCACUACAUUCAGUGAUCAGUUCCUGUGAUAUUCCUGAGGGAAACUUGGCACUUCGAAUCGCCAUCCAUAAUUUUGCUUCUGUAUACAGACGGACUUUGAAAAAUCCAUGA